AUCGAUAGCUAAGUGGUAUGAUGAUCGAUACCGAUGAGUAAGAAGAAGAGGAGAUUGAAAAGGCACGCGUAAGAAAGCGCACGCAAAGUUUUGUAAAAGCCAAUGUCAAUUUAGUGAAUGUUACCCUCUUAGCAACAAUAAUCACGCCACCAAUCGAGGAGCCAGCCAUUCUGUUAUUUUUUACAGUUCAGAGUGUAAGAGUUCAGUGUAAGAGGCAGCAACAGUAUGAGAGACACGGAAAAGCAGAGGCAGCAGAAGAGUCGUCGGCGUGGGAAGAUUGUAAUGGGAUAAGUGUUCUCAAAAGUCUAGAGGACAAGAGAUUACAAAUUACGGAUAAGGCUUUCCUUUCCUACAUGGCUGAUAUAUUCAAAGCGGAGUACUCAGGAAUCUUAACGAAGGCGGCUGCGAUUUCACAACUACAACAGAAAAUGACAGCUGAAAAACAUGAUGGCACAGUUUGUCAAUAAUAUGCCAACAGCUAAUCAGCAGCAGCAGCGGCAGCAACGGGAAGAUGAAAUUGACAUAGAUGAUUUUCUCAACCGUAACCCUGGAGAUCAAGCGGCGAUCAAUCAUGGUAGACAAGCGUCGGUUAAGGAAAUUGCGAAUACCUUACCAGAUUAUGACCCCGGAGAUGACAAUUGACAUCGAUCGUGUCAACAAAGUGGUAGAUGCGUAUCAAUGGGACGAAAAAUUUGUACUUCUUGCUAUAUAUACAAAGCUGAAGUGCCCCGCCAACAUGUGGCUCGAUUCCUCGCAGAUUUUACACACAACAUGGAACAGUUUAGCAGCAGCAAUAAGAGAGGGAUUCGGAUCGGAGCCGGACGAGGCAGAAAUUAAUUUCAACAUGGCAAAUGCAACCAGACGAUCGAAGGAAACCGUAAAGGAGUAUUGUUUCCGUAUGUCAGCACUUAGAGUCCGAUUUAAGCUUAGUGAAGCUGCAAUUAUCCGAUAUGUUAGAGCGGGUCUACAGCACAGAGAGUUGCAAAACAGUAUUGCAGCCAUUAAUUUUUCGUCGAUGAAGGAGUUUCGGGACUCUACCGAGGCAUAUUUUAUAAAUAGAGGGAGGCCCAAUACAAAUAAGAAAGAGUUCUUACCCAAAUCCAGUACUUUUGAGGUAAAGCUGGAAACUGAGAUGAAGCAAUCAAAGCAAAGAGAAGCUAGAGCAUGCUUCAAUUGCGGAGAUGUCGGGCAUUUUGCUUAUUCAUGCCCAAAGAAAAGGAAAAAAACGCGUUCCUCCAAAUGCAAUAAGAUUCAUGCCACCGAUGUAAUUUGCCAAGCCGCACAGGUGAUGCGUUUGGGCGUAUCCAAUCAGGACAAGCUGUUCACACGUUUAAUCCACAUCAACGAGAAUGGCUAUAACGCUUUCAUUGAUACUGGAAGCCAAGCCAGUAUAAUUUGCAAAUCAAUUGCGGACCAGAUCGACGCAGAUCAACAGGAGUGCUUAAUUAAAAUUGUGGGCAUAUAAGAAGGCUCACGUAUCCUUACCGAAGCUAUGGUAGUGGAUAUCGAAAUCGCUGGAAAAAUGGUGACAGCCAUAGCUUAGAUCGCCAACGACAAUCUGUUGCAGGAAGAUUUGUUGUUGGGACAAGAUGUCAUCACAUGCGCUGAAUUUUUGUGGAAAUUCGAGCCAAGCGAGAUAGAAGUCAAGAGAGCAGUUCAUCAGCCGGUAACACGUUCAACCGAGAGUAUUUUUAAAAACCUUCUUGUUAAUAUUCAGAAAAAAGAACUGAAAAAAGUAUGCAGUUUGCUCGGAAAGUUUGCAGACGUUUUUUCCACAGGUUUGGAAGGCACAAACGUCGUCCAAGUGGCCAAGUAGUUUCUCAAGCACCAUACCGAGUCUCCAAGCCGAAGAAGGAAGUUGUUGCCAAGAUGGUCGACAAACUAUUAGAGCGAGAUAUUAUUACUCCAUCCAGAGUACGGCAACCCGGUGGUGCAUAUCAAGAAGAGGGACGAGAGUGAUCGACUUUGCAUAGAUUACCGCCGCCUGAACAAGCUGAUCAGAAAGGAAAAAAAAGUUACGAGCUAGAAGCCUUAGCCGUCGUCGAGUCGUUGGAACGAUUUAAAUACUACAUUUAUGGAAAAAUGCUUCUACAUAUAUGGUUAUGAGCCCCGAGAUGUCCUUAAAAACACGCUGACGAGCGUGAUUAAGAUCAAGGCAUGAUGACUGAUGCCGAAUUAGAGAAGCUCCGUGCUGAUGCUGCGACCACUGUUAACGGCCACAGAGCAGAAGAGAUACGACGCCAUCCAUUCCAAGCCAACUGUCUAUAGCCCUGAAGACAUUAUCUUGGUCGAGAACGAGCAGUUUACCACGCGCACGUCGCGCAUAUUACAGCCGCGAUACAAAGGUCCUUUUAUUGUAUCUAAAGUGCUGCGCAACGACCGACAUCUAGAUAUGCAACAUGCUCAACAAAAGCAGAGACACUAUAAGUCCGUGUAUUCAUCAGACAAGAUGAAACGCUUGUGCGAAAUUCCCCCCGAUGAACCAGAUGAAGACGACGAAGAGGAAGACGACCCAGAUCGAUCACGCGAGAACGCUGUGAUCGUCAGGAGAGGCCGAAUGUAACGAGGGGGUUGUUGUCCAGGAAUAAUUUAAGCAAAACCAUAUAGUUUGUAAUCGAUAGCUAAGUGGUAUGAUGAUUGAUACCGAUGAGUAAGAAGAGGUGAUUGAAAAGGUACGCGUAAGGAAGCGCACGCAAAAUUUGGAAAAGCAAAUGUCAAUUUAGUGAAUGUUACCCUCUUAGCCAACAAUAAACACUCCACCAAUCGAGAAGUCAGCCAUCCUGUAAUUUUUUACAUUAUACAUUAGCAUACGUGUGCACACAUACAGUGAUCGACUGAUCGACUGGCUCUUGAACCAAAAAUCGAGAAGGCCUGGAGCCAGCUCUAGAGCCAGCGCACAAAAAAUUGUGGCCAAAAAAAUCGUAUGGCGUUACGUAUCUUGUUAUUCUAAUGUCUUAGUUUGUACAUAUGUUAUUUUCUAACUCAAAUAACAGACACUGUAAAUUAAAAAAAAAUUGUGAAAGAAAAA